CCGCCGGCAUGACGGGCCGCGUGUGCCGCGGGUGCGGCGGCACCGACAUCGAGCUGGACGCGGCGCGCGGCGAUGCCGUGUGCACCGGCUGCGGCUCGGUGCUCGAGGACAACAUCAUCGUGUCCGAGGUGCAGUUCGUGGAGAACAGCGGCGGCGGCUCGUCGGCCGUGGGCCAGUUCGUGUCCCUGGACGGUGCUGGCAAAGCCCCAACCCUGGGCGGCGGCUUCCACGUGAGCCUGGGAAAGGAGUCGCGAGCACAGACACUGCAGAACGGGAGGCGCCAGAUCCACCACCUGGGGAACCAGCUGCAGCUGAACCAGCACUGCCUGGACACCGCGUUCAACUUCUUCAAGAUGGCCGUGAGCAAGCACCUGACCCGCGGCCGGCGGACGGCGCACGUGGUGGCGGCCUGCCUCUACCUGGUGUGCCGCACGGAGGGCACCCCGCACAUGCUCCUCGACCUCAGCGACCUGCUCCAGGUGAACGUUUACGUGUUGGGCAAGACGUUCCUCCUCCUGGCAAGAGAGCUCUGCAUCAACGCGCCGGCCAUAGACCCCUGCCUGUACAUCCCACGCUUUGCCCACCUGCUGGAGUUCGGUGAGAAGAACCACGAGGUGUCCAUGACGGCCCUGAGGCUGCUGCAGAGGAUGAAGAGAGACUGGAUGCACACGGGCCGCCGGCCCUCGGGGCUCUGUGGGGCAGCACUUCUGGUUGCAGCCAGGAUGCAUGAUUUCCGGAGAACCGUCAAGGAGGUCAUCAGCGUGGUCAAGGUGUGCGAGUCCACUCUGCGCAAGAGGCUCACAGAGUUUGAAGACACGCCCACCAGUCAGCUGACCGUGGACGAGUUUAUGAAGAUUGACCUGGAGGAGGAGUGCGACCCCCCGUCCUACACGGCUGGGCAGAGGAAGCUGCGGCUGAAGCAGCUUGAACAAGUCCUGUCGAAACAGCUGGAGGACGUGGAAGGUGAAAUAACCACCUACCAGGAUGCCAUUGAGAUUGAGCUAGAAAGUAGUCGGCCCAAGGCCAAGGGGGCGCUCGCCAGCCUGACGAAGGACGGUUCCGUCGAGGACUCCACGUCCAGCUUGUUCGGGGAGGAGGACACCGAGGAUGAGGAGCUGGAGGCUGCGGCCAGCCACCUGAACAAGGACUUCUACCGGGAGCUGCUGGGAGGCGGCGUCCCUGGCGGCUCGGAGGCGGCGGGGGGCCCCGAGGAGGGCAGGAGGCCCCCGGCGCUGGAGUCCCUGCUCGGGCCCCUGCCCACGGCGGCCAGCCUGGGCAUCUCGGACUCCAUCCGAGAGUGCAUCGCCUCCCCAAGCCACGAGCCCAAGGACGCCUGCGGGGACGGGGAGCUGGACCUGAGCGGCAUCGACGACCUCGAGAUCGACCGGUACAUCCUGAGCGAGGCGGAGGCCCGAGUGAAGGCUGAGCUGUGGAUGCGGGAGAAUGCGGAGUACCUGCGGGAGCAGAAGGAGAAAGAAGCGAGAAUCGCAAAGGAGAGGGAGCUGGGCGUCUACAAGGAGCACAAGCCCAAGAAGUCCUGCAAGCGCCGGGAGCCGAUCCAGGCCAGCACGGCCGGGGAGGCCAUCGAGAAGAUGCUGGAGCAGAAGAAGAUUUCCAGCAAGAUCAACUACAGCGUGCUGCGGGGCCUGGACGCGGGGGGCGGCUCGCCCGGGGAGGACGGCCCCCCACCCCAGGAGCACGGCCUCCCGCCCGGGGCGGACAUGGACCCCCAGGGGGAGGCCACCCGGCCCCCGGAGCGGACCAGUGCCCGGAGGCUGUCCCGACGGAAGACGCCCUCCAGGAGAAGCCGGCCUGACCCCUCAACUAGCGUGGGCAAGAGGUUGAGGCCGUUGGCAUCGACGCAGCCGGCGAAGAAGGUGGCUCUGGGAGAGGCCUCAAUCCCGAGCGCCCGCUCCCUGGAGGCCGAGCGUGUCAGGCCCGCGGCGGUUGUGGUGGAGAGCGGGCCUGUGUCGUACCACGCGGACGAGGACGCGGAGGAGGAGGACGCGGAGGAGGAGGACGGGGAGCCCUGCGUCAGCGCCCUGCGGAUGAUGGGCGCCAACGAUUACGGCUGUGACGGGGAUGACGACGACGGUUACUGAGGCGAUCUCACAUCUGGCGCGUCCGCUGGUGGCCCUGCCGCUGGCUCCCAAGGGUCUGACGGCCUUGGGCGAGCCCCCCGUGAGCAGCGAGCCUUGGUGAGGAGACGGGUGCCCCGCUGCCCGGCGGCCCUCGUGCACAGCCGCCCGUGACCUUGUGGCCCUCGCUGUCGGGAUCCUGAUCUGAGCAGCGUGAGGAGUGUGUCUGUUUCUCGGCAGAGCUGGGUCUCGUGGCCCAGGAACCCUUGCUCGUGGCUCUGCUGCGUCCUGUGGAGAGAAACUGCGGCUCAGGGAGGCCCAGCCAUGUGUCCAGGCUCGCGGAGGCCCAGCGGGGUCCGGACGCUGCUCUGCCCCGGGGCCGGGAGCCUGCGCCCCUCACCGCUUUGCCACGUCUGGGAGAAGCACUUUGCGUCCAGCUGACGCUCAGCCAGGCCCUCCCUGCUUGCCCGGGCCCAGGGACCCCACAGGCGUGCACCGAGGAGCCCACAGUCUGCCUGGCCCCGCAGGGCGGCGGCACCUCUCGCCAGGCGCACGCGCAGCUGUCCGGCCGCCUCCCUCCCAAGCUGCACCUGGGUCCCUGUCCUUGGCGGCGUGGCCGGCAGAGGCCCUCUGUUGGCAACACUCAGAACUCCUGGGCCAGCCUUGCUGCUGGAAGGCCCAGAGCCCUUGCCCUGGCCUUGGGCGUGGCUGCGCGGGGGCCAUCCAGAAGGGGUCCACGGAGGCUUCCGCUCCUCCAGGCCAGCCUCGGCCGCCCACCCCUCACAGUGGCAGGGCCAUAGCACCCUGCCCCCGGGGGCUCAGCCCCCACCCCGGUGGGCAGGCCUCGUGGCAUCCAGCCCAGAGGGCAUCGCGGCUCACCGGGGAAUGUCGAGGCCCUCGCUGUGCCCCUCGGCCGGGACCCCAGGGCACCUGGCGGGCUGCAGUGGAAGGCUGGCUGGUGAAACACAGAGACGGCUGCUGGAACCGAAGCUCACUGAGCGUGUGGUGUGCGGCUCUGUCGCCCUGGCGGACCGAGCUUAGGUGGGGGUGCUGGGCCUCCAGGCUCCACAGGCACCCGGUUGUCAGCUGGGGAACCGGUGACACGCCCACUGUCACAGGAAGCCCCUGGGCUCCCACAGAGGCUCUCAGAGGGGCCUCGUGGUCGGGGGCCCCACCCCGCACGGGGAGCAGGUGCUUCGCUGGGCUGGAGCCUGGGCGCCUCCGGGUGGGGGAGGCGCUGGCGGCUGUGGGGAGCGCCCGGGCCGCAAGUGCUGUGUUCUAGACACAGAGGUCUGGCUGGACGCUUCCCCGGGAGGUGGACGGGAGGCCAGCCUGCAGGCCCCUGCCCCGGAGCUCCCUUCACAGAGGAGAGGCUGAUGGCCCUGCGGGGCACGAGGUGGAUGGUCAGGCCUGCCUGAAGAGGAGGGCACGAGGUGGAUGGUUAGGCCUGCCUGAAGAGGAGACGCUGCUGAGCCGGGGGCGGGGGAGCGGCCGAGCACGUCUGGGGAGGAGAACACGGGGGGCAGCCGCGGAGGCUGGGCCCUCAGCUGCACCCACUCAGGUUGACAUCAGCAGGGUCUUCUGUGGGCGCUUGCCCGAGCAGGGCACACAACUGGCCACCAGGCUCCACGCGGUGCCGGAGCGGCUAGGGGAGGUGGCCUGCCUCCACCGGGGCCCAGGGCGGCCCAUCCCCGCCGCGUGCCCUGCCCCUCCUCCGGGGUGUCCUGCUCUCCCCAUCAGUCUCACUUUCCCAGCUUGUCCCCCGGCAGCCUGGUGGGGGAGGAGGGCCGGCCGGGAGAGGCCUGCAGGGCCUGCACACCCGCGUUGCACACCUGUGCAUAGACACGCCAGUGCUGCUCUUCCCCGGGGCCACCAUCAGGGCGCCGGGUCCCGGGCUCUGACGAGACCCAGGUCCAACCCCAGCGGGGCUGAGCUCUGGGGCCCGAGGCCUGACGGAGCCUUGGGCACCCUCACAGUGUGUCUGCAGAGGACGUGGCACCUGCUGGCACCUGGCCCACGCCACGCUCCGUGACCGUGUGCCCUUCCUGCCCCUCUGGGCCACGGAGCUGGGACCAUGGGCGCCCUUCCUGGCAGGACUGGAUGGGCCACAGCGUGCCACUCGCUGCCUCGGGCCCCCCAAGAAGGGGGAGCAGGCCCGAGACGCCCCCAGUGCCCACAGGUGGCAGGGAGCCCCAUCCCGAGCCAGCUUGCCUGGGGCCCAGCCUGCACACCUGCCCCCUCCCAGUGGCUCCCCACGCUCUCCUGGCUUCUGCCAUCGUGCCUCCAGACAGGCAGUAGGGCUGGUGGCUGCCUUCUGUCACCACGGCCCCUGCGGGCACUGGGGGGAGUCUCUCUGAGGGAGGGGCAGCUUCUGGGGGGCCCCUGAGAACCAGGGUCAGCCCAGCCUGAGCGCCCACUGUGCCCUGCCCGCUGGCAGCCCCACAAACACUGCUCCCACAGCUCAGCGCUGGGCGAGGUGCAGACCAGCCCUCCCCGUCGUGCCACCUCAGGCCGAUGCCCUCCUUCCAUCCAGCGCUUGCCCUACCCGAACCCCUCUGCUGUCUCCACUCCCUGGCCCUCCAUCUGUUCCUCGCUGGGCUGGAGCGCUGGCCGAGUGAGGGCUGCGAGUCCGGGACCGGGAGAGGGGUCCCUGUCCCUCCUGGGCUGAGGGGGGCCCCAGGAGGGCGAGGGUGUUCCCGGUCCCCAGGUUGGGGCUGCCCUGGGGUCCCCUGAAGGCCCCAGGUCACUGGGGGCUGGACUUGCCCAGCCUGCCUCGAGGGGCCCAGCCCCACGGCCACCUCCCCCCGGCUGCCCUUAGGCUGCCAGGCCAGUGUCCUGCUUCCUCCUUCCAGGCCCCAGGUGGGGUCCAGCACAGACCCUGGGGACACUGCUCCCUGUACAAUAAAGGCUGCCUUUGAAGCCGCGA